AUGAUCAUCACUCUCGCCCGCUCACUGCUCAUGGAGCCCCCUGAGACAACGGGAGAACCAGUGGAUUCACCUACCUUCUGGUGGAGGAUUGCUAUCAGUACCGUCCUUGUGUUUGCGGGAGGCGUAUUUGCAGGAUUAACUCUCGGGCUGAUGGGGCUCGAUGAAUUGCAUCUGCGUGUCCUGGCUACGUCGUCAGAAGAUUUGACGGAGAAACGCAAUGCGCAGAAAGUAUUAAAACUGAUGCAGAGAGGUCGGCAUUGGGUGUUAGUGGUGCUUCUUCUGGGCAACGUUGUCAUCAACGAAAGUUUGCCCAUCUUUCUUGAUGGUGCUAUUGGUGGGGGCAUUGCGGCCGUUGUGAUCUCUACCACAGCGAUAGUGACACAAAGUAUCCGAUUGAUUUUCUACAGAGUUAUCCCCCAGGCUGUCAGUGUCAGGUAUGGUCUUGCAAUUGGCGCACGGUGUGCGCCUUUUGUGCUCUGCCUUAUGUAUUUAUUUGCUCCUAUCGCGUACCCUACUGCAAAGCUCCUCGAUUGGGUUCUGGGCCAGAAUGAGGGACAUACAUACAAGAAGGCUGAGCUCAAAUCUUUUCUGCAGUUCCAUCGCACGGGAGAGGAACCGCUACGAGAUGACGAGAUCAGUAUAUUGAAUGGUGUGCUGGAGCUCAAUACGAAGAAUGUGGAGACAAUCAUGACACCCAUCAAGGACGUUGUAACGCUGAGCUCAGACACUAUUCUUGAUCACACGACUGUAGACGCAAUUCUCACAAGCGGCUACUCACGCUUUCCUAUACAUGAACCCGGGAAUCCACUGUCAUUUCAGGGGCUUCUACUCAUUAAAAAGCUGUUGGUAUAUGAUCCGGCGCGAGCUCUCCCGGUCUCGGAUUUCAAGCUCUCAAUUCUUCCCGAAGCAUAUCCCAGUAUAAAUUGCUUCCAGGCGCUAGAUUACUUUCAAACGGGACGUGCCCACUUGCUACUGGUUAGUCGGACACCUGGGGUUGCAGGCGGUGGAAUUGGGGUGAUCACACUCGAAGGUGAUAACGAUGUUUUGCAGGAGAUCAUAUCAGAAGAAAUUGUGGAUGAAACAGAUCGAUACGAGGAUAAUCAGAGUAAAAGGCGUGCGAAGCGAAUCACUACGGCGACUGUAAUGCGGGGGAUUGUGGAGCGAGAACGAAGUUUAACGCGAGUGCCGUCCUUCGAGCGGACGCCCCUGUUGCGUGAGACACCUAUCAUGUCAUCCACUCCGCGUUCCGAGAUCAAUCAUUCGACUCCUCGCUACGGCGCGAUACUGGGCCAGUCCCCAAAAAUAUGA